CAUAGUGUCAAACUUUGUGAUUAUUCAGCUGUCGGAGACUGUCAUAACUGCGACAGACAGAUACACAAAAGCCCUCAGUUUGGCUAGUGGUUCAAUGUGUGGCAACCAUCGACCAGAUGCUUCACUGACGAACAUCUACCAAUAACAUCAAAGCUUUGGAGUCUGUACACUCCUGACACAAGAUUUAAAAACCGACAAUGGCCAAGACAAUGAAGGAAGCUCGCGUGCAGGUUGGAGAGGCUCCUGCGUACCAUAUCACCACGAGGCUCGCCGAGGCUGCCAUUCCAACGCCUGGCCCAGAUCAGGUGGUCAUCCGCGUGGUUGUUGCUGGCACAAACCCCAAAGACUGGAAGUACCCCGUUUUCUUUGGCGGCAAACAGGAUGAAAACACUGGUGAUGACGUGGCUGGCUACGUCGAGGCUGCUGGAACCAACGUUACCGAGUUCAAGAAGGGAGACCGCGUGGCCGCGUUCCACAAAAUGGGUGCUCCCUAUGGCGCUUUUGCCGAGUAUACGGUCGCCUACGCAACCACGACGUUCCAUAUCCCCGAAAAGACGAGCUUCGAGGAGGCGGCCACGAUCCCUCUGGCUGCUAUGACCGCGGCCUUGGCUCUUUUUUGCAGCCUUGGCGUCCCGGAGCCCUGGGUGCUCACUGGCGCCGGACGAGAGAAGGCAAAGCAAUCAGCCAUCCUGAUUUAUGGCGGCGCGACCGCUGUGGGCUCUUUCGCUAUCAAGCUGUUGAGGCGUGCCAACAUCCACCCCAUCAUUGCCGUCGCUGGCCGUGGCGGCGACUUUGUUGAGGGUCUGCUCGAUAAGUCUCAGGGCGAUGUCGUAGUCGACUACCGCAAAGGAGAGGAUGCUCUCGUCAAUGGGAUUAAAGCCGCAGUGCCCAAGGACAAGAGCCUCUACUUCGCACUUGAUGCUGUAAGCGAGAACCAGACCGGCGACACCAUCUGCAAGGUGCUUGAUCCCGAAGGCCAUUUGACGGCCGUCUUGCCGUACACCCUGGCCAACCCUCAAAAGGUCAACUUCAGUAUCACCAAUGUCGGAAAUGUUCACGGUGAGGCAGCCAACUACAAAGAAUUUGGCUACGCAUGGUACCGACUGUUCAACCUGGGGUUGAAGGAAGGCUGGAUGACGGGACACCCACAUGAAGUUUUCCCCGGGGGACUCAAUGGUGUGGAGAGUGGUCUGCAGGCUUUGCAGGCCGGCAAGGCGAGUGCUACCAAGUAUGUGUACCGCAUUGCAGAGACAGAAGGACUGUAGGAGCUUUCGGGCAUAGAAAGAGAGCUAUCCCCGAGGUACAAUAGGUUUGUGUAUUUAACCACACUUGCAUUAAACUUUUUCGUUUUUCUCACCACACUGGAAGAGAUGGGGUUUAGGACUCGUUUGCAUAAACACCCAUAGUAAGACCAUCAAGACGGACAUAAGACUCGGAAAAUAGUAGGCAGCCCUGAGGAGAGCCAGCUGGUCGACGGAAUUUACGAGGCUCAGUUGGUCAUGGUGACAAUAAUGUAUUAUUUGGUGUCCCUAGAUUUAAGCGCGAUUACCCAACCUGAUGUACUACAAACGUUACAGGAAAACGUUGAUUUUUAAGAGCUCGAUGCGUAAUACACAUUGAAAAUUAGUCUUCUCAACUAGGG